AUGUCGUACCAGAAGCCUGACAAGGACCACGGCGAGGCUCCCAAGAGCCACAAGAUUCGCAUCACCCUCACCUCCAAAAAGGUCAACAUCCUCGAGAAGGUCUGCAGCGAGAUCAUCGAGCGCGCCAAGAGCAAGGACCUGCGCGCAAAGGGCCCCGUCCGCCUGCCGACCCAGACGCUCAAGAUCACCACCCGCAAGACCCCCUGCGGUGAGGGAUCCAAAACCUGGGACUGCUACGAGAUGCGCAUCCACAAGCGUCUCAUCGACCUCAACGCUCCCACCGAAGUCGUCAAGCAGAUCAUCGUCAACAUCGAUGCCGGUGUCGAGGUCGAGGUCACCAUUGCUGCCUAA